ACUCCUCAAGAAAACACAAAACAAGAUUCCCUUUUUUUCAUCUUUCCUGAUCGAAAGUUAAAAAAAUAAAAUAAAACUUGUACUCUAUUCAAUUAUCCAAUCAUGAAACUUAGUGUUGAGAGAUGAAGAAGCAUGAUGAACCCAAGAAAAAUAUUUUCUUCUUAAUUUUCUGUGCCUUUCUUGUUUUCUAUCCUGAGUUUGUUUAUGGAAAUGGAGGGUCUAUUGGAAACAACAUCUCUAUCCCCAAAGGUAGGGGUAAGGUCGCGUACAUCCUAUCCUUCCCAAACCCCACUUGUGGGAUUACACUGGGUUUUUCUCUUGCCUAUGCUGAGACUGUAACCAAUUAUAGUGUUAACGAUAGUGAGUUUCACAGCUCCACUCAACCUCUUCUAGAAAGUGGAGAGAAGAGCUGCAAAACUGAAGUACUGUUGGAACUCAACAUAUCAGUUAAGAUUAAUGAUUCUUGUAGUCCUAACGACAACAAUGCAACCCCUGGUUAUUCGCUUCAGAAAACAAGUGCAUUGGAAGAUGUUGUUUCAACUAUUUUAGGUUACAAUAUGUUAAUAUGCCAAAUGCAGCCACCAGUAGUGCAUAACCGGCGUAAUGAAGAUCGGCUACUAAAUGGAAGAACUCACUUGACCUAUCCGAAUCUGGAAGAAUUCAGAAACAUUACAAAACAAGAAAAGAGAGGGAGCACUGCAAGCCAGUUAGUAAAUAUCACCCAUAGACUUGAGCCUGAUGGUACGCCUUACAAUUAUGCCUCGUCAUCCAAGGGUGCUAAAGUGGUGGCCCACAAUAAAGAAGCUAAAGGAGCAAACAACGUACUGAACAAGGAUCACGAUAAGUAUCUCAGGAACCCUUGUUCUGUGGGUGGGAAGUACUUCGUUAUCGAGCUUGCUGAUGAAACUCUAGUUGAUGCAGUCAAAAUUGCAAACUUCGAGCAUUAUUCAUCUAUGCUCAAAGAAUUCGAGUUAUCCGGGAGUUUGGUAUAUCCAACCGAGACAUGGAAUCCACUGGGAACUUUUGUUGCUGAAAAUGUCAAGCAUGCUCAGUGUUUUCAGCUGCCUGAACCUAAAUGGCUUAGAUACUUGAAGCUAACUUUACUCACUCAUUAUGGUUCUGAAUUUUAUUGCACUAUAAGUUUCGUCGAGGUAUAUGGUAUUGACGCAAUAGAACAGAUGCUCGAGGAUCUUAUUGUCAGUUCUCCGGAACCUUCUCCUGAAAAAACGGAAAAUCUUAAUAAAACUGCUAUGCUGUCUAUGAUACCAGAUUCAAAGGGUGUCGUUCAAAAUGUGGUUGAACCAGCAAAUGAGGGGAUAGGAAGUUUUGAUGAAGGGGAAGGUCUUACAUUAGAUGCAGCGAAAAAAGAACAAACCAUAACCACUGGCCCCGAGUUUAUAAAGAAGCAUAGGAAGCAGUCAAAUGGCAGAACUCACGGUGAUGCAGUCUUAAAAAUACUGCUGCAGAAGGUGAGAGCGCUCGAGUUAAACUUAUCUGUCCUCGAGCAGUACAUUAAAGAGCUGAGCAAGAGGCAAGGUGACAUUCUGCCUGAGCUAGACAACGAAAUUUCUCAAGUUUCAGAGCUCCUAGAGCAAAGCAAAUUGGAGAUCAAGGAUCUCCUGAAAUGGAAAGAGAAUAUGGAGAAAGAAAAUAGUGAUCUUGAAUCUUGGAAAGCUUCUGUCUCAGCUCAAUUGGAUUUAUUGGUCAACGGAAAUCGCAUGCUAAGAUUAGAAGUCGAAAAGGUUGUGAAUGACCAAGAGAGUUUGGAAAAGAGAGAGUUGGCUGUGUUUUCAAUCAGCUUAUCUUUUGCAUGUAUUGCAAUUCUUAAGUUUGUUUCAGAGAGAUUCCAAACAGCAUUCACGAAAGGCCGAGGUUGGCUGUUGAUUCUUGUUAGCAGCAGCCUGACUGCAUUUGUCACAUUGCUUUAUAGUUAGUAUACUAACCUCAUUGCUAGAUAAUCUUAUACUUGUAGAAACUUGUUCACUCGUAGUGUAAAGCUUAAUUGAAAAGAAGUUAACUCUAGUAAAAGUUAUUCCUCUGAAGAUCAUGGACUGUAUUUGAUGAUGCACUAACAUUUUACUAAUCUUGUUUCUUUCUGUUUC